UUUAUUAUGCAAAAUGACAGAUCAUGUUUGGAGUUCAAUACAGUUAUCUUUUUUAAGAAUUUUUGUCUGUCGCAAGAGAAACUUUACGUCAUUUUGGUGGUUACUGUUGUCUUUACUUGUUCCAACACUUGCAACGCCUAACAAAUCCGCAAUUAUCAAUAUUCACAGAUCGGAAAAACCAAACAGUCAACCACAAUUGUCUGCUAGCUUUAAGCCAGUUUCAUCAUCGUCAAUAAGUAAGGAUGGCAAUGUUAUCGCAGAAAACAUUCGAGGGAAGUUUGCUGAUGUUGGGAAUGUGAAAGAAGCAGAGGGAAGGCUACAUAUGGUUUGUGAAUGCUCACGAGUUAACUGUUUUGUAUUGACUGUUUUUAAGGAAUAUCAUAUUACAAACAACAUUAACCAGUUAACAAAUGGACAUAAUUAAGAGCUUUACAAAUCUCAGCGAAAUUCCUUUUGGCUUUGAUUUUUGGAAUGAUGCAGUUCUAAGCCAAACUAAAUAUCGCUGUGAAUUGAGAGCUGCAUCUGGUAAAGACAGUGAAAGAGACUUCAUAUUUGUAUGAAUGAAGGUCACUGUCAAAACUGUUUGUAUUGACCUUAUCAAUUUAAAUGAAUGGUUCAGUGUAAAUUGUUGCAACUGAGACAGGACUAGAUCAGGUUUUCAGUAUUUCACACAUGUAUCGUUCAUUGUGAAACAGUUCAUUGCAAAGUAGCUUCUCAUAUCUAAUGAUCAAUCCACUAUAGAAUAAAUUUUAGAUCAGUCAUCAAGUGUAUAGUUUGCUGGUUUGUUUUAAAGCUUGUCAGCCAAAUAGUCUGCGGUGUUACAUGUGUAAUAUAUCCUUGAUCAGCUGGGAAACUCCUGGAAUGAGCAUAAAAAUGUCUUCUGUUUGGAAUAAAAAUCUCAUGAUCUCCUUGUUAAGACCCAAAUAUAAAAUCAUUAAGAAAAAAUUCUUAAAGAAACCCACUGGAGCCCCAAAUUAUUUUGCUUCACCAGAUUAGACAUGCAUCAAUGACCAGCGGCUUGUAUUUAUUCAGUACAUGGUUGUAAUUAUUAGCUUUUAAUACAGGAAAUAAUUCCUUUGACUGUAUUGCAUGCUCUUUUGAUGAAUCAGUUCCAUGGAGGGAUUUAGAAUGCUUAGAUCUACUGAUCAGUGAGUGACUAGUCUGGAUCGUCUCAGCAUUUGCUCCACACAAUCAUCUGGAUGCUAAGCUUCUAUAGAAUUUUUUUUUUCAACUUUGGAAUUUGAUAAGUAUAGACUCAAUGUGGGAAAUUUCAAUUAGUAAAUUUUAGAAAGGAUUAUCUGCAGGGUUGGCAAAAAAGUGGUCAAUAUGAGUAUUGACCGGGCCGGUGGUCAAUACUGGUUAAAACCGGUCAAUACUGGUUGAUUGAAAAUUGUUUGGUCAUUAUAGUCUGUGUUGUUGGUUAUUUUAAAUGUUUCAGUGGCCAUUAUGGUAAAUACUGUAAUUCAUAACAUGCACUAUCAGUUUAUAAUAUACUUGCAAGUCAUAAUAUUAAAUAAAUAAUGUAAAUGACUCAAUUAAAUAGGGGAAGAUAUAAAAGUUUAUUGUAAAAAUUAAAAACUGUUUCGUGGCCGUAUUACUUUGGCACUGACAACAGCAUUGCAGUCUUUACAUCUUGCUGUGGUCUUGUUGUUGUCCUCAACAAUAUCAUAGAAAUUCCAAAAUGUUUUGUUGAAGCCAUAGAUAGUAUGAUGGGGGAAGUGUUUUCUAUUUCUGUUCAAAUUCUUUAGUUUAUCAAGAACUACCUAUUGUUUCAAAUCUUCAUUUAACUGUUAAAUAAACAUUUUAGGGUGUGUGCUGGUGAUGUUUUCAUAAACAAUAACAUGUACACUGGUCCUCUCUAGUCCCAGAGUAUGCUAAUUAACAACUGUCAACUCUGUUUCCUGUGCUCAGGUACAUCUCCUGCUCUGUACAUUGCAACACAUUGUUUAUCUACAGCAUCAGUCACCCAAUUCAUAUUAAAUCACUGUGUUUAUUUAAUGUCCUGUUAUUCUUAAUCUGUCCAGGUACAUGUAUAAGAAGAUCCUAUUGUCUAUUUAUGCUAUAUGUGACCCUCUUUUAUAGUUCUGAAGAUAUUAUGGUCACAGUUUCAGCAAACCAAAUAUAUUAAACUUAUGAAAUUACAUCUAAUUAUAUAAUGAAAAUUAUUGAUAACCAAUUGAUCCAUAUAUCAUAAUGAAAAGGCUUAAUUUAUCUUUGCAAAAAAUAUACAAAAAUAGGAAAAUGGACAGUUUAAAUCUCAAUUGACCAGUAUUGACCACUUAGGGAGUAUUGACCGGGAUGGUUAAAACCGCUGGUUAAAACCGGGGGCGGUUUCAACCGCCCAACCCUGAUUAUCUGGUCUAAAUGAUGUCUCCCCCUCCCCCCAACUGUAUUUUAUACGAGGGCUGUUGGAUUAUGUAAUGUGUAUUGUACCACAGCGUGAUAACGCUUUGCAAAAUUUCAUAGAUGAUGGUACUCUUGAAUAGCUCUAUUCAAUACCUUUACAACUGUAUAUACACAAGCCUUCAGCUCCACAUAGUUUUAAACUUGCAGUCAUUUCAGUAGAGCCAGUCAUUGACCACUGUUGUAAAAAUGGUUGGGAAACGGUUUGAGAAUAUUGAAAAAAUUAGAGCUUAUAUAAAAGUUCGCACAAAACUUGGUCAUUCGGUAAUGUAGAUUUUUACUGAAUUGGGGGAAGUUUACGGGUCUGAUAAGGUAUCUUAUGAGACAGUUCGUAGGUGGAGAAAGAAAUUUCUGACUGGCACAGAGUUCGUCAAAGAUGCAGCAAAAUCUGGCCGACCUGUGACUGUAACAGGCAAGGCAAAUGUCUCAAAAGUUAGGGAAAUAAUUGAAAGUGAUGGCAGAUACAUGAUUCGUGAUAUUGCCAAAGCUGUUGGCAUAUCACAUUUCAUUUUGAAGCGUAUUUUGAAAGUACGAAAGAUUUCUGCCAGAUGGAUACCGCAUAUAUUGACAGAUAACCAAAAACAGUUGUCUUCUGACUGUGACAAUAACGAUGAGAAAAGUUUUGCCAGACUACCUGAGAAUUGGAUUGCGGUUUUCCACCUGGGAGAGCGAGGUGGAAGCUCAGCAAACAAUCUCCAUAAAGACUGCUCAUCCAUCAUAGAUAGGAUGCAGAAAGCUUUGGUGUUUGGAGCUUCAGCCAUUAUAAUUCUGACAUUAAACCCAAAGAUACUAAAGGAGUUUGAGAGUAAACAGAUGUUUUCAUGUCCUGUCAUCAUUGUCGAGGCUUUAGAGAAUGUUACAAACUUUGUUAGUGUCCUGAAAAGUAAAAUGAAGACAAAGGCCAAGAUAUAUCAACUCAUGAAGUCAAAACCAUCAUUUCCAACUCUGACCUUGUGGGCCACAUGUGGCAGACCAACCAAUGGCCACAGUUAUCAUGAAUGGGAUGGAGUAAUUUGUUUAGGAAUUGAAGAAGAGACAAGUGAAAAGGCAGACUCUAUUAGUUUUUGGAACUUUUUCUACUCAGGAACAUUUUUGAUGCUGAUGCUGCUUGCAAUCAAAUCAAGACGAAGAUUGCAAGAUGAAUGGGGAGAAGAUAAUGAAAUAGAGUCAGCUUUACGAGAUUUGACUUUCAAGGCUUUGUCUGCCAUGAAGACGAAGAAGUUCAAAGAAAAUCAAGUCAAUCCAUAUGAUUUAUGUGCUAUUUGUUUGGAGCUAUUCAACAAAAAACAGAAAUUGAGAGUGCUUCCAUGUUCCCACGAGUUUCAUACAAAAUGUGUUGAUCCCUGGCUAGUGAGAAACAGGACUUGUCCUCUCUGUAAAUUUAACAUAGUUGGUAAGUUAUCUAUCUUGAUUCUACAUCAUCUUACAGUAAUUAAACCCUUGUCGUUUCACAGUGAAGAAAUUGAAAAAUAAAGUAUAUCUUAAACUUAUUUACAUUAUACUAAUAUUGUUGUUUAAUUUCAGUGAUUUUAAUCCCCUCAGAGUUGUGUUAAGGAUGUACAUAUAUAUUGUGUAUUAUUGUUGUUUAAUUUCAGUGAUUUUAAUCCCCUCAGAGUUGUGUUAAGGAUGUACAUAUAUAUUGUGUAUCAUUGUUGUUUAAUUUCAGUGAUUUUAAUCCCCUCAGAGUUGUGUUAAGGAUGUACAUAUAUAUUGUGUAUCAUUGUUGUUUAAUUUCAGUGAUUUUAAUCCCCUCAGAGUUGUGUUAAGGAUGUACAUAUAUAUUGUGUAUUAUUGUUGGUUGGUUCACUUUUUCCUAUGAGAUUAACCCACAUUUCUUAUUUGUAAUUAAUGAACCUUAUUGUUUUGGGGUCAAAUAUCUAAUUUUCGGGGCCUCCGUGGCUGAGUGGUUAGAGCAUUGCGCUCAAUAUCACACGGCCUCGGUACUGACUAAAACCCGGUCUCGGUCCCGGUCUUCGGUCUCGGUCCCGUGACUAAAACCCGGUCUUCGGUCCCGGUCCCAGAUACUUUUAUUCAAUAAAAACAGAAUAUAUCAGGAUAUUUGAGCCCCAUUUCUCAAUAACUUAGGUAUGACAUCUCAUGCCUGCAUUCUGAUAGUAAAUUGAUCAUAUUUUCUUUUUUUGUAAAAUAAUAUGUGAAAACUCCGGGACCGGUGGGACCGAGAAAUAAAAACAGUGUUAAAAGCCGGUCCCGGUCUCGACAUUUUUCCUCAAUAGCCGCUUUAAUCUACCUUUUCAUAAAAAAUAUAAGGACGUGAUACUCAAUGGCAUCCCUUUGUAUACAUAUAUUUAUUGUGUGUAUAGGUUUUUUUUAUUCCAAUAUUGUUUAUACAUGUAUUUAUGUCAGAAUCGAACUCAACUACAUGUACAUGUACGCGACAUUUUGUCCCAAAUGAUCGCGUUACACUACCUUUUCAUUAGAAGAUAAGGAUGUAGAAGGAAAAUAAUAUAUAUGUACUUAUCCUGGUGUAUUUGUUUGUAAUUUACAGUUAGUUCAUUUGUUCAUUUAUUUUAUUUCUUCUAUUCCUGUCAAAAUCAGUUUUCAAAGCUUCAUGUUUGGUCUUCCGAACCCGAUCUCUUUAUAUGGGUAUAGUUGUAUAUAACCAAUAAAUAAUAACUAUAAAA